AUGUCUAAGACUAGAAUUGGCUGUAAGGGUAAUGGCAAAAGCCACACAGGCAACACUAUCCUGGGACAGGAGGUCUUCAGAGUCACCAGGAAAGGAGGAACAGAAACCUCCAGCCUGUGCAGCAGCAGCCAUGAGGUUGAUGGAGUCAGUAGGAAGGUGACAGUAGUCGACACCCCUGGAGUCUCCCAGGAGAUGACAGAGUCUGAGUUUGAGGAGCUGGUUCGAGCUGUGAAGAUGGUUCCUGAGGGUUUUGAUGCCAUCUGUCUGGUCUGGGACUAUGACAACUCUGAGAAGAAUGAAGACAAGGAGGUCCAAGUGUUUCAGUCCCUCCACAGGCUGUUUGGUGAUGGACUGUACGAGCAUCUUGUCCUCCUGGUCACACAUGCUCAGCAGGAGGAGAUUACAGAGUUCAUAGAAGGCCUGCCUGAAGCCAUGAAG